AUGCUUCUCCUUCCCCGCCUUCGUCUCCCGAAUCCCUCCAAAACCCUAAUAAACCUAGUAAACCCCAAUAAUCCGUCGCCAUGCCCCGCCCAAUCCCUCCUUCCUCAUCCGCCACCACUCUCCUCCGCCGCCGACGCCUCCUCCCUCGAUCCCUCUCCCUCUCCACCGCCCCCGGCGUCGGCGUCGGAGACGGACGAGCUCUUCCGGCGGCCGCAGCGGCAGGGUGGGUACACGCAGGGGGACGCGACGUACGUGGCCCUGGCGCGGUCCAUCUCGGCGGCGGAUCCUCCGGACCUGGGCGCCCUCCGCAGCCUGCUCCGACGCAUGCGCGGCGACCCCCGGGCCUUCCCGGAGGCGGUGUUCCCCCCGCUCAUCUCGGCGCUGGGCCGCUCCGCCCUGCCCCUCGCGGCCCUCCGCCUCUUCUACUCCAUGCUCCCUUCCUUCCGCUGCGCCCCCUCCGCCCUCUCCCUCAACUCCGCCCUCUCCGCCCUCCUCCACCCAUCCUCCCCGCUGCCCCCCUCCCUCGCCCUCCCCUUCUUCUCCUCCGCCCUCCGCCGCUUCCCCGGCUCCGUCGCCCCCACGCUCCUCUCCUUCAACCUCCUCCUCAAGUCCCUCGCCCGAUCCUCGCGCUCCCCGCGCGCCCUCGACACCGCCCUCGACAUCCUCCACCGCGAGCUCCCCCGCCGCGGCCUCCGCCCCGACGCCUACUCCUACUCCACCGUCAUCUCCGCCCUCGCCUCCGCCGGCCGCGUCCCCGACGCCUCCGCCCUCCUCCACGAGAUGCUCCUCGACUGCGGCGGCGCCGGCGCCCCGCCCCCCGCCGCCGCCGCAUUCAACCCCAUCCUCGGCGCCCUCCUCCGCUCCGGCGACCUCCGCGCCGCCGCCAAGCUCCUCCGCUUCAUGCUCCUCAAGGGCUGCCCCCCCUCCCUCGCCACCUACAAUACCCUCAUCCACGGCCUCCUCCUCCGCGGCCGCGCCGCCGCCGCCGCCGCCGUGCUACGCCGCAUGGUCGACGUCGACGGGCUCUCCCCCAGCGCCGCCACCUACGGCGCCCUCGCCCACGGCCUCGCCGCCCUCGGCCGCCCCCUCGACGCCCUCCGCGUCCUCGACCAGAUGGAGUCCAGCGGCCUCGAGCCCAACGAGUUCGUCUACUCCGCUCUCAUAUCCGGCCUCUUCCGAUCCGACGAUCCCGACCGAGCGGUGGCCCUGUGGGAGGCGAUGAUAGGCAAAGGCGUGAGGCCCAACACGGUGCUCUUCUCUGCGCUCAUCGACGGGCUCGCGCGGCACGGGCGCAUGGACGCGGCGGAGGCGGCGUUCGCCGACAUGACCGCGGAGAACUGCACCCCGAACGUGGUCACCUACAGCUCCAUGGUGAGGGGUUACUUCAAGGCCGGGGACGGCCAACGGGCGCUCGCCACGUGGCGGCAGAUGGUGGACGCCCGGUGCGAGCCCAACGCGAUCAGCUACAGCAUCCUGAUCGACGGCCUGUGCGAGUCGGGGAAGCUGAAGGACGGCAUGAUGGUGUGGAAGCACAUGCUGAGCAGGGGCUGCGCGCCGGACGUGGUCGCCUACAGCGCCAUGAUCAAAGGGCUCUGCGAGGCCGGGGCGGUGGACGGAGGGCUCAGAUUGUUCCACGACAUGUUGGCCCGAGGGGACGUGGAGCCCGACGUGGUGACUUACAACACGCUGUUUGACGGGCUGCUCAAGGGGGGCGACCUCACUGGAGCCGUGGACUUGUUGGGUCGGAUGCUGGACCGCGGCUGCGACCCGGAUCCAAUAACGUGCAAUAUAUUCUGGAGGGAGGUGGGGGUGGAGGAGGAAAAAGGGAGGGAGUUUUUGGAUGGGCUGGUGGUGAGGCUGUGUAAAAGGGGGAGGGUCGGCGCCGCGGCGGACGUCGUCGGUGUGAUGUUGGGGAAGUUUUUGGGGCCGCAGGGAGCGACAUGGGAAAUGGUGGCGAGGGCAGUUUGCAGGCGGAAGAGGGUGCUCGAGACGAUCGACAGGUUCUGGGACGAGAUACGGGGCACGUGAGAAGGGAGUUUUUGGAGUUCUUGUUUGUAUAUUUAGAGGGGAUUUUUGUUGUAACACUAAUUAUUGUAAUUCUUUUCCUCCCUAGAGAGUUUUAAUAAGGAAGAGAUUGCUCAAGUGGAGCAUUAUCACA